UUCCAUUUGUGCUGCAACCCUGGUUGACUGAAAAAAAUUUGGGGAAAGGAAAGCAUUUUUUAGGCCGCGUUUACAUAGUUGAGCAAAGCGUCGAGAAGCGUGUUUACUUUAUAAAAGACAAGACCCAGCGACAAGGUAACUCCGGAUCAGCACAAGUCGGGAUGGACUACCGCCAACUGAAGAACGACGCUUACGGCAUUGGCCAGCGGCGUGGAGUGGGUAACUCCGGCGGUGGUGGUGGAGGCGGAGGAGGGAUGUAUUCCUCAAACUUCGGUGGUGGCGGCAAUUAUGGCGGCGGAGGUGGAAACCCAGGUGGCGGCGCCUACGGCGGCAACCGAAACCCGACUUCGGAUGGCGGAAACUUCAACCGCGGUGGCUAUAACAACGGCAGUGGCGGCAACAGCAACUACCUGCGCUCCUCAGACGAUCGCUCCGGCUUCAAUCCUAACAAUCAGCGCUUCGGUGGGAACUCCGUCGAUGAUAUUCAGGACAACAACUUUCGAGGUGGUCCCUCAUCUAACUUUGGACAAUUGAACAGAGGUUCUUCCAACGUAGGGAACAUAGCCCGAUUGUUGGAACUGGAGGCAGCGCAGAACCGCAUCCCCGGAAUCUCCGCCAAUUUCAACUCGGACCGCAAUCCGGACGUCAACUACCGUGGCCCGCAGUCGCAGGGGAACGGCGAUGGCUACUUUAAUAACGAGCCCAGAAACCGGGGUUCUUUCAGUAACUUUGGUCCCAACGAUGGGCCUUCAUUUGGCGGCAAUAAUGGACCUCCUUUUGAUGGAAACAGUGGACCUCAUUAUGGAAGCAGUGACGGUCCUUAUUUAGGAAACAAUGGGCCUUCUUUUGGAGGAAUUAAUCAACGCAAUUCAGGAAAUUUCAACAAUGACAAUUUUCAAGGAAGAGGUCAGAACUUCGAUAACCAGCAGUCUGAUUUUAAUGACUCCUACGGACGAGGUGGAAACCAAGGAAAUUACCCGACCAAUUCUGGAAACUUUGGCGAAAACAAUAGCGACAUUGGGAACUUAUACAAUCGUAGGCCAGGAGGCGGAGGACCUGGAGGCCAAGGCUUCAACCCGAAUUCUGGUGGCAAUUUUAGCAACAACAACUCCGGAAGUGGCUUCAACCCAAAUUCCGGUGGCAACUUCACUAACAACAACUCCGGAGCCGGCUUCAGCAACAACAUCAGUCGCACCUUUAACGACUCUCGAAACAACUGGAACAACUCGCAGUCGCAAUCCUCUUCGUUUCAGAGCUCUGGCUAUCAGUCGAACAUCGGUAGUGGAGGAGGAGGAGGCGGCGGAGGAGGAGCCAAUAGCUCUGGUUGGGAAGCCAGCCAGCGUGCCUUCAAUUCGAAGCGCAAUCAAUUGCAAAAGAUGAACUUAAAUAAUGGCGGAUCUGUUCGAAAACCCGGACCCCAGCCCGCCGCCAAAGCGGUACAGAACUUGCGCAGCAAUCCCCGCGCGGCUGCUGCCAUCGUAAACACUGUGGGCAGAAGCAAUGUACCCAAUAACAGGAACAACCAGACAAACAGGCCUGGAAACCCGCGUCCUGGCAACGCCGCUGGAUUGCAGAAGAAACCACCCCAUGCGGCACCCAAUCAGUAUAAGGUCAACCAUUUAGCUCACAAGCCGAAUACGGCAGUAGUGGCCAACAAGAAGCCUCCAGUGGCUGGACAAGCCGCGAAGAUUGGAGCUGGUGCUGUGAGGAGCGGACCGCAGGCAGCCAGAACAGGGCCGCAAGCUUUGAAAAGUGGUCCACAGGCUCAGAAGUCGGGGCCUGUGGCAGUUAGGACUGGCCAGCAGAUAGUGAAAGGUGUACCACAAGCCGGCAAACCAGCCGUUUUGGCUAAUAGGCCACCAAAUGCUCCAGGAUUUCCUGUCCAAGUCGGCCAGAAGCGUGUUGCUCCCGCUCCACCGCUUGAAACUGAGGCUGCCUCCAAGUCGGUGAAAAAGUGGCGCCGCGUGGCCCGCAAGCGCGGAUUCCUGAUGGGCGGAUUUAAGAUCCCGUACCUCAACGACCAGCCCAAGAAGCUUCCGCAACCGGAGGCAGACUCUUAUGCCUUGUCCUUCUUCGAACAAAUAUUCAACUACAGUACAAACCAGGACGCCACAGAGGAGGACUUCUUGGAGGCGGCAGUGGUGCUCAAUGAGGAUUCGGAGGACGAGUCGGUGGCCGAUGAUGCCAAGUCGGCUCGUAAGAUCGCAAAGCGCAAUAGGAAGCGAUUAAGGUCCGAGUGGGCCCCACUGCACGAAUCCAAGAAGUACAAGGACUGGGGCAACUGGUGGAAAGACUACAAGAGCGUCGGUGAGGAGAUCGGACAGCAGCUUUUGGAGUGCGGCAACCUCAACCUGGAGCAUUGCUUUCUGCCCAAUCUCCCCAAGCUUACUACGGAGCAGGUGGUUUACGCCAUUAUUAAGUCGGCUCACUUCGGACUAGAGAAGAACGCGGAUGUGCCGUACGACACUCUGAAAACCAUAUUUACGAUGAUGAACCGAACCUUCCUGGACAACCUUACGGAGCUAAACAUGGUGGAGAUCCAGGACAUUAUUCGCGGUAUACCCAACGAUCUGUGGGUAUAUAAGAUGCGCAGCAUGGUUUAUCUGUGGGCCAAGUAUAAAGCCAUUACCAAUUCCACGUCCACCGCCGAGGAGGACGUCAAGGAUCAGCAGGCCAUCGCCCGCGAGUGGAAGAGUCCUUGCUUCCAUUGGCUGGCCAAGCAGGCCUUCGACGAGCUAGUGGCAAUCAGUGAAACCGAAUGGAAAGAACACCGCAGUGUCUUUCCGACAUUGGAGUAAACACACGUCCUUUCUCAACAUCCGAAGCUAAACAAAUCCCACACCCGAAUGGAAUGUAGGUUCUCCGUCGGGACUAUUUUAUGGAUUAUACAUACGAGUAUCUAGUUGUACUAAAAACAUUUAUUGCACACAUGAAGAAUCAUCCUGACUAUAAAAUGUAUUCUGUAACUAGACCAGAAUGCUUUAACAAAUAAAGAACUAGCCCAGAUGCGUGUAUCUUGCGCUCUGGGGGAAAAAUAGAAUUGAUCAGAGAAUUUCCUCCUACUAGGAAGUCAAUAGCAAUUAUGUCUGUGUACUCAUCUUUGGUAAGAGUUAACCUCAAGUUCUUAAAUUUGUAUAUGACAUUAGGUAAAUUCUAUUUAUAUAGAAGUAGUUUGUAAUUGGAAUAAAUAAAAAAUAAAUACCCGGCCCAAAAC